AUGGCAGCCAACGAUUAUUACCAGCAAAAACCGCUACCCGAUGCGGCCGGCCCGGGAUACGACAGCAGCCGGCCAGCACCAUCCUCCUCCUCUGCCUACUCUACGCCCGCACCCCCAUACAGCUCGCAACCCUAUCUCGCUCCCGGGGACCGGCCGACCCAAGGCACAUCUCCUUCACCCUUUGAAACCGUCUUCGACGACCAUGUAUAUCCCGCAAGCACACACCAGCCCACUCCGACGUCAAGCAUGCACCGAUUAAGCCACCAAGACACUGGCUACCACGGCCAUUCUCCCGUUUCGCCCGACGACAUGUACGGUCGUGCGACCGACAACAUUCCCCUCCAAGACCACGCCCAGCGCGUGCCGUCGAAGGACCCGGAAAUGCAGGACCACGUCUACGACGCGUCGUCGAAGUCGAAGGCUCGCAAAGGGCGCGUGCGGUUUGGCGAGCUCGGCAUGUUGGGUUCCGGCCGCAAAAAGAUACCGUUCGUCGUCUACUUUUUGACCAUUGUCCAGGUCGCUGUCUUCAUCGGCGAAAUUGUCAAGAACGCUACCAUUACUGGCUCCCCCAUCAUGAUCAAACCUUCCUUCAACCCCAUGAUCGGUCCGUCUCCCUACGUCCUCAUCAACAUGGGCGCCCGCUUCGUCCCCUGCAUGCACAACGUAGACGGGAUUCAGAACGCCGAUGCGACUGAGUACCCCGAUAAGAAGCUACCUUGGCCGUGCCCCAACACUACCACCCUCGACGACAAAGCUCCCGAGAAUCACUGCACCCUCUCCGAACUUUGCGGCUUUGGCGGCGUUCCGGAGCCCGCCUACCAAGUAGGCACCCCGCUCAACAUCCAGCCCGCCCCCAACCAGUGGUUCCGCUUCAUCGUCCCCAUCUUCAUGCACGCGGGGCUCAUCCACAUCGGCUUCAACAUGCUCCUGCAGCUCACCCUCGGCCGCGACAUGGAGAAGUCCAUCGGCUCCAUCCGCUUCUUCCUCGUCUACAUGUCGGCCGGCAUCUUCGGCUUCGUCAUGGGCGGCAACUACGCCGGCACCGCCAUCGCCUCCACUGGCGCGUCGGGCUCCCUCUUCGGCAUCAUCGCCCUCACCCUGCUCGACCUGCUCUACUCGUGGAAGGACCGCGUCAGCCCCGUCAAGGACCUGCUCUUCAUCCUGCUCGACAUCGUCAUCUCCUUCGUGCUCGGCCUGCUCCCGGGCCUCGACAACUUCUCCCACAUCGGCGGCUUCCUUAUGGGCCUCGGCCUCGGCGUGUGCCUGCUGCACUCCCCCAACUCGCUGCGCCGCCGCAUCGGCGACGACGUCCCCUACGCCAGCUCCCACGUCAGCGGCGGCUCGGCCGCCCUCGGCACCCCGCCGUCGUUCGUGAGGAACCCCGUCGGCUUCUUCAAGGGCCGCCGCCCGCUGUGGUGGGCCUGGUGGCUGAUCCGCGCCGGUGCCCUCGUGCUGGUGACCGUUGUGUUCAUUCUCUUGUUGAAGAACUUCUAUGUGGAUCGCGCGACGUGUGAUUGGUGCCGCUAUUUGAGUUGUUUGCCUGUGAGGGAUUGGUGCGAGGUUGGGAACUUGCAGUUAUAA